AUGAAAUUGCCGCUUCGUAAGUGCUAUCAUGCGGCAAAAGUGGGUUUAUUUCUGUUAAUUGUGGUCACAAUUUUGGCUCUAUAUGAACAAUGGAGAGGAGGAAAACGCUCAGCCCGCGCUGAAACCUAUGACUCGGAAGACAAAUAUGAGAAAGAGAUUUUGGAAGACGAAGCGCGUAUUAUUCCUGGUCUAGGUGAAGGCGGCGUCGCAGCAUAUUUGACUGGUGAAGCGAAACGACUUGGAGAGGAAUCCGAGAAGAAACUUGCUAUAAAUGUUUAUUUGAGUGACCGUAUCGCCUACAACAGAACUUUAAAAGACUUUCGUAAUCCGGCAUGUCAAAGAAUCAUCUAUGAUGCUGAGCUGCCAUCGGCUUCAGUGAUAUUAAUAUUCCACAACGAGCCCUACUCGGUGGUCAUCCGGACUAUAUGGAGUGUCUUGAACAGUAUGCGACGGACUAAUCCUUGGUUUGCGAAGGCUAAUGAUAUUGACAGAGAGUCCAGUCGGACUAUGACGAUGGGUUACCCGGGUCAGGACCCAUCUUCUCCGUUUGUUUAUCUCAAAGAGAUUAUUCUGGUGGAUGAUAAAUCAACUCUUCCCGAGUUGAAAGGAAAACUGAGUCACUAUGUAAGGACCCGUUUGCCUCCGGACUUAAUAAGGAUAUUGAGACUGCCACAACGGGUAGGUCUUACAAGGGCGCGUUUAUCCGGAAGUGCCGUGGCCGGUGGUGACGUCAUGGUAUUUCUUGACUCACACACGGAACCGGUCACUGAUUGGCUGAGGCCCAUCCUGCAGAGGAUAAAAGACGACAGGAAAGUCGUCGUGACGCCAAUCAUUGAUAUCAUAGAGCAGGACACCUUUGAAUAUAAGACGGGGAAUCCCCUUGACUUCGAGGUGAAUCACGUGACUGACACCGUGGGUCUAACCCGAGCGCGGCUAGCCGGAGCUAGGUACGCCAGUGGUGAUAUCCUAGUGUUCCUAGACUCGCACUGCGAAGUCCAACAGGAUUGGCUCAGGCCCCUGUUACAAAGGGUCCGGGACUUCCCCCACGCGGUGGUGGUCCCCAUCAUUGACGUCAUCGAGUCAUCCAACUUCUACUACAGCGUACAAGACCCCGUGAUAUUCCAGGGUCUUAUCCUGGCUCGUAUAUCCGGGGCUCGUAUUGCCCGGGGCGAUGUAUUGGUCUUCCUGGAUUCCCACUGCGAGGUCAGCGUGGACUGGCUCCGACCUUUGCUGCAGAGGAUCAAACACAAACGUGACGCGGUCCUCACGCCACUCAUAGAUGUCAUCGAUCAAUCCAGCUUCGAGCUGGAAGCGGCCCAGCAGUUCCAGGUAGGUGGCUUUACAUUUACGGGACACUUCACCUGGAUCGAGGUUCCAGAGAGAGAGAAGAAAAGACGCGGCUCAGACAUAGCGCCGACCUGGUCACCAACUAUGGCAGGCGGUUUAUUCGCCAUCAAUCGCCAGUAUUACUGGGAGCUGGGAGCGUAUGACGAGCAAAUGGCCGGCUGGGGAGGAGAGAACCUGGAAAUGUCCUUCCGGAUAUGGCAGUGUGGUGGUACAUUGGAGACGGUGCCGUGUUCUCGUGUGGGUCACGUGUUCCGAGCCUUCCAUCCUUACGGACUACCAGCUCACACAGACACCCACGGUAUCAACACAGCUCGUAUGGCCGAGGUGUGGAUGGACGAGUACGCGGAGCUGUUCUACCUGAACCGACCCGACCUCAGGAAAAGUCCCAAGAUCGGCGACGUGACCCACCGUAAGAUCCUCCGUGAGAAGUUGAAGUGUAAGAGCUUCCAGUGGUACCUGGACAACAUAUACAAGGAGAAGUUCGUGCCUGUUAGAGAUGUGUUCGGGUUCGGGAGAUUCAUGAACCCAUCUUCGUCGAUGUGUCUCGACACUCUUCAAAGGGAAGGUGAGGCGACAGCACUGGGUCUCUACCCCUGUCACACUCGCCUUGAACCCACGCAGCACCUUUCACUAUCUCUGACUGGAGAAUUGAGGGAUGAAGAGAAAUGCGCUGAAGUUCAGUAUGAGCGAAAUCCAGUUGGUUCCAACGAAAACAUCAGCAGGAAAGUGUUGAUGGUCACCUGUCAUGGAAAACAUCGAGGACAGCACUGGCGAUAUCUGCCUACACAACAAAUCCAGCAUACAGAGAGCGGUCUCUGCCUACACAGUACAGGCAUCUCGGGGUCUGAUGCUCUGGUGAGGCGAUGUAGACCUGGUCGGUCACAAAUAUGGGUCAUAGACUACAGCGAGAUUAAUGAUUUUAGAAUGAAUGAUAAUGAGGUGCCGAGCGAGCAAGAAAUUAAAUUAAAGAAACUGAGAGGUCAGCGACGUAUCUCCCGAUCACUCCUCUCAUACGAGGACACGACGACCAGAAGACAUCACAGGAAGAAGAAACACAAGAAGAAGAACAAGUUCAUAUUGAAGCUAGUGAGGAAUGAAACGGAGCAUCUGGAGGUUGACGUGUACUGUAGACACGCGCGGCUCUACCCGAACAACAGCUUCGUGAGGGACCUGGUCACCAUACUCAACGACAGGGACAUCAAGGUCAUCAACAACGGUCGUGUGUUCGAACGGAACAAGGUGUCUGAUCUCGUGAACCGGGAACACUCACAGACACUCACCACCGACACCCUCAACACGCGAGACACUCCUGACACGAAUGACACCCCUGACACCUACGACCCCUACACAUUCCACACCCCGCCGCCCGACCCAGCGCUCGACUAUCCUCAGACCAAACCUCUAAAGAAACGGAAACGGAAAAAACAUCGACCGGUCGCCGCGAGUUCAGAGAAUGGAGACGCCAACAAUAAUAACAUUGAAAAUAAAGAAGAGGAGGUUGGAGACCAGGACGAGAUGAACAGACCUGGGUCUAAGAAGAUUAUUAUAGAAGACUUUGUGGAGAUUAAACCCAUGGGGACACUGGCCAAGCAUCUGAAGAAACGGAAACGGACGAAGAAAAACAAAACUACUACAGGAGCACCGCGAGUGGGUGACUGGGAGGAUUCUAUGAGGAUGGAGAGUUCAGCUGACGACACGCCCAUGGUGGACGGAGAUGAACGACCUGACCCAGGUCGUCGCGCGCCCACCAGCUCGCGGGCUCCUCGAAGGUCAGACCUGCUGCCUUUGAAUAGAGCGAUGAACACACAGGGACAAGAACCGGUGAAACUUAUUAUGAAGAGCAACGUGACGCUCAAACUGGGGGACGAGUUCUUUACUUGGACCAAGAGGGGACGCACCGCGGACGACGUGGCGGACAUUCUUGGCGAGCUCAUUAUACCGGACACCGCGAGAAUCAGUCUGGAGAACGAGACGAAGGAAAAGGAAACGGAGGGAGUUAAAGGGAAUAAGGAGGAGUCGGGGAGGAGGAGGGAGUCCAGCUCCUCGGAGAGUGGACAAGCAGACUGA